AUGCUGGACACCAUCUCGUCGCUAGAGAAGGAAGCCUCGUUCGACAUGCUCAGCGACCUUGAACCACAAGAGUCUAACGCCGUAGACGCUCUAGGUGAGUCCACUCUUCAAAUCAGCCGGCUGGACUCCCGGCUGGACGACUCAGGGUCCAUGCUGGACACCAUCUCGUCGCUAGAGAAGGAAGCCUCGUUCGACAUGCUCAGCGACCUUGAACCACAAGAGCCUAACGCCGAAGACGCUCUAGGUGAGUCCGCUCUUCAAAUCAGCCAGCUGGACUCCCGGCUGGACGACUCCGUGUCCAUGCUGGACACCAUCUCGUCGCUAGAGAAGGAAGCCUCGUUCGACAUGCUCAGCGACCUUGAACCACAAGAGCCUGACGCCAAAGACGCUCUAGAGAGCAACGCGACGUCGGCCUCGUUAGCGGCGUCCCUGCUGCCUCUGCACUCCGGCCUGCAGCGCACGCUGGGCCGGCUGCUGGGCGCGCUGCCCGCGCUGGAGACGGCGCGGCGGGAGCUGCGCCGCGAGCUGCCCGCGCGCAGGGACGCCGGCGACGCGCUGAGGCAUGCCGCACCACGUGAGUACACAUCUAACUCAGACAACAUCAUCCUCUAG